AUGAGAGGUUACCAUAGAGACUCCAAGGUCCCUAGGUGUGCUAUGAAAGUGGACAUCAUGAAAGCCUAUGACAAUGUUAGAUGGGAGUUUAUCCUUGAUAUCCUCAAAGCUAUGGACUUCCCUCUAUGUAUGAUUAAUUGGAUCAAGGCGUGUAUGACCAGUCCCUCUUUCUCUAUUUGCAUUAAUGGUAGUCUUCAUGGAAUCCUUGCUGAAAAAGCCAAGUGUCCUAUGUUUAAGUUCCAUUGGAGGUGUGAUAAGACCAAAAUUGUGACCUCUCUGUUUGCUGAUGAUCUGAUGAUUUUUAGUAAAGGUGAUCCUGAGACUGUGAACCUUAUUAUGCAAGGAUUGGAUGAAUUCAGAAGGCUGUCAGGCCUUACUCCUAGUCCUAACAAGAGUAAUAUUGUGAUACCCUGUUCUGUAUUAUGCUAA